AAUAUACUUCAUCAUCUACAUAAGAAUUUAAAAGAGAUGUACCCACGUUAAUACAUUAUCUUCUACAUGGUCAAUAACUUAUAAUAAUUUCUUAUUAAUAAAAAGUAAGUAUAUACAAAGUAUAUUUUUUAGAAUAUUAUUUUAUGAAGUUGAAAUAUUAGACAUUACUCUUAAAAAAACUCCCUCUCUCUAUCAGAUAUCUUUUUUCACAAUUUCACUUCUAGUUGACCAGAAGAAAAAAGAAAAAAAAAGUCAAACCUGUAUAUGUAUAUAUAAACCAUAUGAUAGGUGUUCAGUUAUUCAAAACCAACACCAUUGUUAUCCAUGGAAACCAAUCUUUUAUCAACCCAUCCUCACGAUUCUCAUGAUCCAAAAGAAGCAACCCCAUCUUCCAAAUUUGCCAAAUAUUUGCAAGAAGAUGACUUAACCCAAGAAUGCCAAGCCUUAAUCUCCACCUUACCCAAAGAACAAGAUUGGGUUAUGUCCCAUCUUUACCAAUACCAAGGGUUUUGGCAUCCUAUUAGGGAGCUUCAAGGUGUGCUUUCAUGCCAACACCAUUUCCAAGCUCGCGACACCGAUAUCAUUCUCGCCACCAACCCUAAAUGCGGCUCAACAUGGCUCAAAGCCUUAGCAUAUGUUGUCGUAAACCGGAAAAUCAUUCCCCUAGAUGAUAACCACUCACUUCUCUCAAAAAACCCUCAUGAGUUAGUACCUUGCUUAGAGCUUAGAGUUUAUGUUGAUCACCAAGUCCCUGACCUCACAGAACUGCCCUCUCCUAGGCUGUUUUCGACACACUUACCCGUCGAGUCGCUACCGUUAUCCAUCAAGGAAACAAGCUGCAAAGUUGUGUGCCUAGCUAGGGACCCAAAAGAUACCUUCAUUUCGUUGUGGCACUUUGCAAACAAGUUAAGGCCUCCAAAUGAUGGUAAGCUCCAACUAGAAGAGGCAUUUGACAAAUUUUGCAAAGGUGUUAGUUUUUUAGGGCCUUUUUGGGAUCAUGUAUUGAGUUCUUGGAAGUAUAGCUUAGAUAAUCCUAACAAGGUAUUUUUCUUGAAAUAUGAAGACUUAAAAGAGCAACCUAAGUUGUAUCUGAAAAAAUUGGCUGAGUUUUGGGAAUGCCCUUUUUCUUCAGAGGAGGAAAAUAAUGGGGUUGUUGACGAGAUACUUAGUUUGUGUAGCUUUGAUAAUCUGAGUAAUUUGGAGGUGAAUAAGAUUGGAAAAUUGUCUACAGGAGAACAUAACGAAGCCUUUUUUCGAAAGGGCGAGGUUGGUGAUUGGGCUAACUACUUUACUCAAGAGAUGACUGAGAAACUUGACGAGAUUUGUUUGAACAAAUUUCAGCUUUGUGGUUUGAAGAUUUAAAUUAGUUGUGUUUUUGUGAGGGAAAUUUGUAUAUGCAUCUGGUAUGGUGUAUCACUUCAUCCAAGUAUGUACUUUUUUUUAUGUGAAUGAAAUGAAAAACUGGCCUAUCAUUUUAAAAGUAGUUGCUGAGGUAAUUUUUGAAUUACUUUUAAAAUGUAA